AUGUUGUCAUAUUCGGGUUAUAAUCAAAGCGCGGAUCCAGAAGUAGUUCAUCAGCCGAAAGAAGAAGUUCCGUUUCAAAAUAAUUGUUAUGAUAACUUCCCCAACAAUAGUACUAGUGCUACUACGGUUGAUGAAAGCAUGUUGUCAUAUUCGAGUUAUAAUCAAGGCGCGGAUCCAGAAGUAGUUCAUCAGCCGGAAGAAGGAGUUCCGUUUCAAAAUAAUUGUUAUGAUAACUCUCCCAACAAUAGUACUAGUGCUACUACAGUUGAUGAAAGCAUGUUGUCAUAUUCGGGUUAUAAUCAAGGCGCGGAUCCAAAAGUAGUUCAUCAGCCGGAAGGACUUCCGUCCCAAAAUAAUUGUUAUGAUAACUCUCCCAACAAUAGUACUAGUGCUACUACGGUUGAUGAAAGCAUGUUGUCAUAUUUGGGUUAUAACCAAGGUGCGGAUCCACAAGUAGUUCAUCAGCCGGAAGAAGAAGUUCCGUUUCAAAAUAAUUGUUAUGAUAACUUCCCCGACAAUAAUACUAGUGCUACUACGGUUGAUGAAAGCAUGUUGUCAUAUUCCGGUUAUAAUCAAGGCGCGGAUCCAGAAGUAGUUCAUCAGUCGGAAGAAGAAGUUCCGUUUCAAAAUAAUUGUUAUGAUAACUUCCCCAACAAUGGUACUAGUGCUACUACGGUUGAUGAAAGCAUGUUGUCAUAUUCGGGUUAUAAUCAAGGCGCGGAUCCAGAAGUAGUUCAUCAGCCGGAAGAAGGAGUUCCGUCCCAAAAUAAUUGUUACGAUAACUUUUGCAACAAUAGUACUAGUACUACUACUGUUGAUGAAGGCAUGUUGUCGUAUUCAGAUUAUAAUCAAGGAGGUGCUGAUCCAGAAGUAGUUCAUCAGCCAGAAGAAGGAGUUCCGAUCCAAACUAAUUGUUACGAUAACUUUUGCAACAAUAGUACUAGUACUACUACUUUUGAUGAAAGCAUGUUGUCAUAUUCGGAAUAUAAUCAAGGAGGUGCUGAUCCAGAAGUACCUCAUCAACCAGAAGAAGGAAGUCAACAAUAUUCAUGGGAUGGAGCUAUAAGUAGUUCUAUUAUUAACAUUUGUGAUGAUUCGCCACCACGGACUGAUACUUAUCAGGAAGAGCUUAGUAGAGUUUCACAAGAAAUUGAUGAGACGUUUGGCUCAUAUUUCGCUGCCGAGGAAGCUGCCAAAAUGAUGCAGGCAUGGUUUGAUAACACCAAUGACUUUUUCCAAAUGAAGCAGCAACAACAACAGAUGCCUUAUGGCCUUAGUUUAUGGAAUGACUGA